CGCACGCCCGCACGCACCUCAAGCCCAAGUCCAAACUCCAAACCCAUUCCAAAACCUCCGGAUUCCCUCCACGAAAUUUACGAAACCAGAGCUCUCCCGCCAAUAACCCGCCCAUUUCGAUUGCCAUUCCUCUCCCCAAAUCCGUCGCCUCCGUUCCCCAAAUCGAGCUAUCCCAUCUCGCCCCGAGACAAACCCUAGCUCUCGCCGGCGCAUCCGCCGGAAUGGACUUCACGGCGCCCUCCUUCUCGCUGGGUUUCGAUUCGGAUGAGGAUGACCCCCCUACCCCGGUCGGGAGCGACCGGCGCGAGCAGCUGCGAGGGUACGCGGCGCCCGAUCCGCCGUCGUUCUCCCUGGGCUUCGACGACGACGACGACGUCGAGGAGGAGCCCCGCCCCCCAGCGGGAGGUCGCCGGGAGGAGCGCGCGCGGAGGUCCGCGGUCCCCGACCCGCCGUCGUUCUCCCUGGGCUUCGACGAUGACGACGACGUUGAGGAGGAACCCCGACCCCCCGCGGGAGGCCGUCGGGAGGAGCGGGCGCGGGGGUCCGCGGCGCCCGACCCGCCGUCAUUCUCCCUGGGCUUCGACGACGACGACGGUGAAAUACUCGUCACCGGCCAGCGUCACCAGCAGGCGCGGCCGCAGGUGGCGCCCCGAGCUCCCACUUCGGCCGGCGCUGUAGAUGAGGAGGAUUACUUUGACCUCGCCGGUAGCAAGCAGCCGCCGCCGGAGACCAAUCGAUUCAAGCGGCUACGGAAGGGCCCUGCGCCAGCCCACCCAGCGCCAACUCCGCACGUGCGGCGCUGUGAGGCGCCCGAUGCACCCUCCUUUUCGCUGGGCAUCAGCGACGACGAUGAUGACGAUUUCCUUGCUGACGGCCAGCAUCAGAAGCAACCGAGAGCACCGGUAGCUCCUCGUGCUCCCUCGUCGUUCAUCGCUGGUGACCGAAGGCCAGAGCCAGCCCAGCGCGAAAUGACUCCACUUAAGCGGCUGCGGAAGGGCCCUGCGCUGCCACAUCUGGCGCCAACACCACCUCCUCUCAAGGCGCCAGGACCACCUGCAGCGGAAGUGUCUCCAUUGAUGAGUGAAAAUGCAGCAACGGGUGCGGUUGGGACUGGGAGUUUGGAAGACGAUAUUGAAGAUUGGACCACAGACGAGGACCGACCAGUCCGAGAUGUGCCACCAUCUGUUGGUAGUUGCAGCACUUCCAGUAACUCAAAAUUCUCCCUGCUCAACCGUGGUGUCCUUAUGACUCAAUCAUCAACCAAAGCAAAUACAUCAAAAUUUACACAGACACCAAAUUUUUCUGCUUCAAAAUCUUUGGAAGAAAGCUGUUCAAAGAAAUUACUUCCUAAGAUAACAAUAAGCCCGAUGAGGAAAAUCCUUUUGCUGGACUCUGACACUGAUGCAGACGACGAAGAGAAUCAAAAUAAAGCAAAGAAGCCAAGCCCUGUUAAAAAGAGACAAAAAUCCAUGCACAAAUAUAUGCAGGAAAAGUCUACCUUUCAGGAAAACAGGAAGCACCAAGGGAGCACUACUGUGCAGAAGAGCGAAGCUGUGAUGAAUAACAAUUGGGCAACACCUGCCUUUGAUGAGUUCUGCAAUGAAUACUUCAAUUCUACGAAAGAUGCAGGAUCUUCUCAGCAGAAAGAAGGCAACAGUUUUUCUUGUUCCAAGGUUUCUCAACCCAAAUACCCUGAUGAAAUGGAAGGGCAUUUCCAGCAACAAAGCACUUCAAGUGGAGGUGUACUAGAUGACAACCUGGAUGGUCGUCCUCCUGCCAUGCAUUAUUUCUUCCAUCAAGACCCAAGGGUGCGAGAUCUAGUCCGUGAUAGGCUGCAGCAUUUCCUUCCCACUGGAGCAGGAAGUAAGAGAGAAAAUGAGCAAAGCAGAGGAAAAAGUCUCAGCUACAGGAGGCAGUUCCACUCGAGUGCAGCUACAAAUGAUGAGUGGGUGACACCAAAUAGAGGGAUCCCAGUUCCAACUGAUGUUGGUAAAAGAAGGGUGCAUGCCAGUGGAACUCAAUCUGGCUCUGGCCAUUGGUUAACUAAUGACAGCGGGAGGAGGGUUUAUGUCUCAAAAAAUGGGCAGGAGUUGACUGGCCAAAAUGCCUAUCGACAAUAUCAAAAGGAAAGUGGCAGGGGAUUCAACAGGUACAAGAAGAAAGGUUCAUCUGGAGCCAAACGUGGUGCUGCUAAAGUGAAAGUUGAAACCAGAGUGAAGCCAACUUCAUCUGGAACCAAACGAGGUGCUGCUAAGGUGAAAAUUGAAACUGCAGCGAAGCAAAGCACAAGUAGAGCAAAAAGGAAGCGGUGAGAGGCGGGUCUGCUUGCCCAGCGUCAUAGUGGGUUGGAUUCUGUAGUUAGUUUUGGCCUUGUGUGUUUCAAUUGAUAGCUGAUUCGUUGAUAGAACAUAUAAUAAGCUUCGAUUCCUCUUGAUUUUCUUUCAUGUCAGGAGGCAGACGUAUACAUCAAUACAUGGUUCUCUUGUGUGCUUGUAAAUAUUUUUAGCUCUUGCUGCUGUACUAUGUUCUAUUGUUAGGUGCCAAGGAUACAUAUGCUGAAGGAUGGCACGCACUACUGAAUGUAUAGACCAUGAUUACAUGCUUGUAGCGUUCAUCAAGUAAUGAUUUUAUGGUAUUCGUGUGUUGAGACCUUUGACAAUCCAUGACGAA